AUGAAUCAUAAAACAAAAGAGGCAACAGAAGAAAAAAGGAAUGUACUUGCAGAAGUUGCAAGAAUCGCAAGAGGUGAAAUAUAUGAAUUAAAAGAAGCCAAAGCUGAAAAUUUUGACAUGCUAGUUGUACCUGGUGGAUACGGGUUUGCAAAAAAUUUAUCUGAUUUAGCUAAAAAUAAAGACAUGGUGACAGUAAUGCCUGAAUUUGAAAGAUUAGUUUCAGAAUUUUUUGUUACAAAAAAGCCGAUAGGAGCAAUAUGCAUAUCUCCAGCCAUCAUUGUUUCAAUUUUAAGUAGCAAGAUAGGUAAAGAAGAAAGUAAGGUUAAGAUAACUAUAGAAGAUGACAGAGAACAGUUGAUAGAGAAGCUUGGUGGUGAAUACAUAAAGUGUGAUACAGGGUUAUCAAUAGAAGACGAAGAACAUAAUGUAUUUUUCUGUUCUGCUUAUAUGCGUAGUGACGAAAGUAUAUACUCUGUAUAUGAAGGGAUAAAGCAUAUGAUUGACAGCAUGGUGAAAAAGAUUAACAAAAAAACUAAACAGACAUUCCUCUAA